AUGGGCCCGGAAUGGCAGGCAUUCGUCAACUUGGCCAACGACCCUCACGUAGCUCAACUCGUCCUUGACUCUGCCUCGCGGAAUGCCGUAUUCACAUCCAGACUGGGGAAAGCUACGAAGAUCACCAGAUACUGGAUGGAUAUCGAUUACCCUUAUGCGGCACCGCCUGUCUAUGAGCGGACUGGCAUAUUGGUUACGGAUGAUGCGAUGUCAUUGGUAACCGUACCCUACGAUUCAUGGGUCGCAAAACAGAUGCAGCGAGUCUUAUGGCCAAAGCCGAUGGCGCUCGGUUUCUGGGCUUUAGGCACGGCGGCAGUAAAGCAGACCUCCUUUGAGGUUGCAAAAUAUUUCGGUUUUGGUUCCGAGGAACCCGGGCGUGCCCAGCCGCCGAACCCGGCGACCCCCCCUCCUCUACCUUCCGGCCCCGGUCCCGAGAUGCAGAAGGCGCUGCAGCAAAUCCGCCAGCAAUCUACCAGACGGCCCGAAGAGGUAAACGACCCUGGGUCCAUGUCUUCCUCGGCGAAUGCACCAUCUGCCGCCUCUUCGACGCCGCGGGACAAACCCAUGCCUAUGCCGGAAAAACCGACCCUCGGCCAGAACAACCAAGACACGCCCGUUCAGAAGACGUGGCUCCAGGAAAUGGUGCUUUCUGUUGCAACAUCCCAGCCUUGGAAACAACUAAAACAAACCUACUCUAAGGAGCAACGGCCAUUCAGGGCAGAUCCGCCUCGAGGAUGCGUCUGCGUCUCGGGACUCGUUGAGUUGGAGACGCCCAAGGCUUUCGUCCUUCUAGACGUCAUGACGUGGUAUGACCCGAAGACCAAUUCCCGCGCCCCUGGAACAACGGCGAUAUACUUUCGAAAAAUCCGCUCGAAGUCACAAUAG